AAAAAAAAUUAAUUUAAAUAAACUAAAAUUAAGAACGAAGCUCCUGGUGGGUGCGAAAUUGAGGGCUCUCCACUGCCAAAACUCAAAACUCUCUCUCUCUUUUUCUUGGUAUUUCUUUGCAGUUACUCCUAUCGAUCUGUAAGUUGAUUUGGGUUUUCAUUUUUUUAUUUAGUUAUUUUUUUUAACUCAAAUGUAUUAAAUUCAAGCCGAAAUUUGCAAAAUUUUGGUGUAUCUUGCUUGAUUUACGGUUCUGGGAUUUGAACGGGCUCAAAACCCUAGAUCUUGCUCGUUGAAGGGUUAGGUUUUGGGGAAGAGUGAUUUCGAGGUAAAGUUCUGCGUUUUGGUUUCGGAUCUCGAGAGUUUUGUAACGUUUCAGCUCGGAAUUCGAGAUUUUGUGGGGGGAAAAAGUUUGGGGGUAAUUUGGGCUGAGUUGUGUGAAUUUUUGGGUGGGAUAGAGAGGGAUCCGUGAAGAGUUAGGGUAAAAAUGGCUUCGAAUCCUCCCUUUCAUGUGGAGGAUCAGACGGACGAGGAUUUCUUCGAUAAAUUGGUCGACGAUGAGUUCGGGCCCACCACUACUACCGCCGGAUCGAACCCUAAGUUGAGCGAAGAAAUUGAUCCUAAGUUCGCUGAGGGAAGCGAUUCCGACGAGGCGAAAGCGUUUGCGAAUCUGAGCAUUAGCGAGGCUGGGAAUCAAUUGUAUGAGUCGGUUCGCGGCGGUGGCAGCAGCGGCGAAGGUAAAGGCGAAGGCGGUGAUGAUAAUAGCGGCUUUGAUUUCAAAGAAACAAAAGAAGAAAAGGAUUGUGUGGAUGGCGGUGCAGGUGCAGAGUCGUUGGGUGCUCACGUGGAAGAGAGGGAUUCGUUCGUUUCGGCCAAUUCGAUUGGGUUUGAUAGUGUAGUAGGAUCCAGCAAUGAUGGGAUUGGAUCCGAAUUCGCUUCGGAUUCGACUGUGAGAAAGAGCAGUGGAUCCGGUGGGUCUGGGGUUAAGGAGAUUGGGUGGAAUUCGUUCCACGCAGAUUUGGCCCCUCAAAAUGGGAGUCACGGGUUUGGAUCGUAUUCAGAUUUUUUCAGUGAAUUGGAUGGUACUUCCGGUGAUUUCCCAGGGAAUGUCGGUGGAAAUUUGAAUAGUGAGGCGAAUAUAGUAACUGGCAAUGAAGGAUUUGUAGCUGAUGGUGUGAAUAAUUCGGUUAGUUAUGCAAAUUAUCAAGAGGGUCAGGGUCAGGGUGCAAUGGUGGAACAAAGUUCAAAUGUGCAGGAUUUGAGUAGUAGUCAGUAUUGGGAGAAUGCCUAUCCAGGGUGGAAGUAUGACCCGAAUACCGGGAAAUGGUAUCAAGUGGGCGGUGAUGAUGGUAACACGAAUGUUCAGACCAGUGAGUGGAGUGCUGUUGCUGAUGGAAAUACGGAGAUUUCUCAUAUGCAGCAAACUGCUCAGUCUGUUGUGGGAACUGCGACUGAUACUGGCAUGACUGGGAGUGUGUCUGAUUGGAAUCAGGUUUCACAAGGGAAUAACGGGACUGAGAGUGUAUCUAACUGGAAUCAGGUUUCGCAAGUGAAUAACGGGACUGAGAGCGUGUCUAACUGGAAUCAGGUUUCACAAGUGAAUAAUGGAUACCCAGAACAUAUGGUUUUUGAUCCUCUGUAUCCCGGUUGGUAUUAUGACACAAUCGCACAAGAAUGGCGCACAUUGGAUACUUAUACUUCGUCGAUUCAAUCAACAGCUCAGACCCCUGAUCAGCAGCAGCAUCAAAACGGGUUUGUGUCAACUGGUAGUUUUAAUCAGAUUAAUAAUGGCUUAUAUGGUGAGUAUGGGCAGGCUGACAAUUAUAGGUCACAGGGUUUUGGUAGCCAAGGCCAAGAUGGAAGCUGGGCUGGGGCAUAUGGUAAUAAUCAUCAGCAGGAAUUGAAUUCGUGGCAAGCUGAAACUGUUCCAAGGAGUGAGGGUUUUACAACUUUGGGUGGAAACCAGCAUUUUGAUAGUUCUUAUGUGAACAAUGAUCAACAGAAGUCCUUCAAUUCUUUUGGACCAGUUUCAUCUUACAAUAGAGCAAGUCAGAGUCAUGGGGAGGCUAAUGGGAAUGUUCAAUUUAAAAGCUCUUUCCCUGGUGGGAACUUUAGUCAGCAGUUUAGUCCGGCAAAUCUGAAGCUUAAUGAGCAAACACAAUUCUCGGGUGAUUACUUUGGCAGUCAACCUGUAAAUUUUUCCCAGCAAUCAUUUGAGAGUGUCCAUCAGACUUCUUAUGCUUCCAAUGUUGGAAGAUCAUCUGCUGGGCGUCCUCCACAUGCCCUGGUAACGUUUGGCUUUGGUGGAAAACUCCUUGUAAUGAAGAAUAGUAAUAGUUCACUCAGUAGCUCGUCAUUUGGAAGCCAGGAUCCGGUAGGAAGCUCACUUUCUGUUCUGAACUUGAUGGAAGUUGUCUUAGGAAACGCUGAUGCUUCAAGCCUUGGAUCAGGUGCCUCCAAUUAUUUUCAUGCUUUGUGCCAACAAUCAUUUCCUGGUCCAUUGGUUGGUGGGAGUGUUGGAGGUAAAGAGUUGAACAAAUGGAUAGACGAGAGGAUUACCAGCUGUGAAUUACCCAACAUGGAUUAUAGAAAAGGCGAAGCAUUGAGGUUGCUUCUAUCUUUGCUUAAGAUAGCUUGUCAACAUUAUGGAAAACUUCGAUCUGCUUUUGGUGCUGACUCCGUUUUGAGGGAUAGUGAUUCUCCAGAAGCAGCAGUUGCUAAACUUUUUGCAUCUGCUAAGAGGAACAGCACGCAGUUCAGUGAGUAUGGUGCUCUUAGCCACUGCUUGCAGAAUUUGCCUUCUGAAGGACAAAUACGUGCAACCGCUUCUGAGGUACAAAAUCUUCUGGUUUCUGGUAGAAAGAAAGAAGCUUUACAAUGUGCACAAGAAGGUCAAUUGUGGGGACCCGCACUUGUUCUUGCUUCACAACUUGGUGAUCAGUUCUAUGUUGACACUGUGAAGCAAAUGGCACUUCACCAGCUAGUUGCAGGAUCACCUCUAAGGACUUUAUGCCUGCUAAUUGCAGGGCAACCAGCUGAUGUGUUUUAUUCCGAUUCCACAACCGACAGCAGUCUUCCAGGUGCUGUUAAUAUGCCUCAACAGCCUGCACAGAUUGGGGCCAAUUGUAUGCUAGAUGACUGGGAGGAAAAUUUGGCUGUAAUAACUGCAAACAGAACAAAGGAUGAUGAACUUGUAAUUAUUCAUCUUGGUGAUUGCCUUUGGAAGGAAAGAAGUGAGAUUACUGCUGCACACAUCUGCUAUUUAAUUGCGGAAGCAAACUUUGAGCCAUACUCAGACACUGCUAGGCUGUGUCUAAUUGGAGCAGAUCACUGGAAACUUCCUCGAACCUACGUUAGUCCAGAAGCUAUUCAGAGGACCGAGUUAUAUGAAUAUUCGAAGGUGCUUGGAAACUCUCAGUUUAUCUUGCUACCUUUUCAGCCAUACAAGCUCAUUUAUGCACACAUGCUAGUUGAAGUGGGGAAGGUUUCAGACUCAGUGAAAUACUGUCAAGCGGUAUUGAAGUCUCUGAAGACUGGUCGAGCACCCGAAGUAGAAACAUGGAAACAGUUAGUAUUAUCUCUUGAAGAGAGGAUCAGAACUCACCAACAGGGUGGAUACAGUGCAAAUUCGGCUCCUGGAAAAUUAGUGGGCAAAUUACUUAACUUUUUUGAUAGUACAGCACAUCGUGUUGUUGGGGGUCUUCCACCACCUGCGCCAACAUUACAAGGAGGUUCUCCUGGUAAUGGACAUUAUAAUCAGCCAACUGGCCCCAGGGUAUCAAGUAGUCAAUCAACAAUGGCCAUGUCAUCGUUAAUGCCUUCUGCAUCAAUGGAGCCCAUAAGUGAUUGGAUGGCUGAUGGUAGUAGAAUGACAGUGGCUAAUAGAAGCGUUUCAGAGCCAGACUUUGGUAGAACUCCAAGACAGGAUCAGGUUGAUUCAUCAAAAGGAAUGGCAUCACCAAAUGAACAAGGCAAAGCUUCAGUCUCAGGGGGGGCAUCACGCUUUCCUCGUUUUAAUUUUGGCUCACAGUUACUACAAAAGACUGUGGGGCUGGUUUUAAGGCCGCGCCCUGGCAAACAGGCUAAAUUGGGUGAAACGAACAAAUUCUAUUAUGAUGAAAAGCUGAAGAGAUGGGUAGAGGAAGGCGUUGAAGCCCCAGCUGAAGAAACUGCCUUGCCACCCCCUCCAACAACUACAGCCUUCCAGAAUGGCAUGUCAGAUUACAAUUUGAAAUCUGCAUUACAGAAAGAAGGGACUCCAAACAAUGGGAGCCCGGAAUAUAAAACUCCUCCUUCAGAACAUUCAUCAGGAAUUCCACCUAUUCCAACCAGCUCAAAUCAAUUCUCAUCUCGUGGAAGGAUGGGUGUUCGGGCAAGGUAUGUGGACACCUUCAACCAAGGUGGUGGAAAGCCUGCAAACUUGUUCCAGUCACCUUCUGUUCCAUCUGUUAAGCCUCCUAUUGCUCCCAAUGCAAAAUUAUUUAUUCCCACCCCAGCAUCACUUGGUGAUCCGACAAUGGAGGCUAUAGCAGAAAAUGGGCAAGAAGAAACUUCAACUAAUGUAGAUUGUGCGACAUCCAUUGCAAAUGACUCAUUCCAGUCUCCUAUACGUUCAUCAUCAAUGACCGUGCAGAGGUUCCCAAGCAUGGAUAACAUCCCAUACAUGGGAGAUUUGACAAAUGGCAAUGGCUCCCUCCCUCCUCACUCACGAAGAACAGCCUCAUGGGGUGGAAGCCACAGCACUCCAUUCAGUCCUCCAAAACCGGCUGAAAUAAAACCUCUAGGGGAGGCAUUGGGCAUGCCCCCAUCAUCAUUUAUGCCUAAUGAGCCUUCUUUGAUGCGAAUGCAAAACGGUGGCAGUUUUGGGGACCUUCAUGAAGUGGAACUUUGAGAUAAAUUAGUGAUGAUGUAAAUAUCAAAGUUUUGUUCUUUGUGAUCAAUAGAAUACUAGGGAACCUGCUCCUGCAUCUCUGAAAAGUGCAAAAUGGUGGUAUUUGCCCAAAGCCAAGUUCGCACACAGAAGAAACAAAAAAUGUUCUCCAACUUCCCUAUCCUACCAUAUGAUGAAAUGUAGUUGGCACGGUUUUCUAUACUUUUAAGCCUAAAAUUUAUUUCAACGCUCUGGAAGAGGCUUCAGGAGCUGGUAUUUUUAUUAUAAAGCGAAGAGAGCCUCUGUUGGCACCAUUGUACAGUUCAUUUGUUCAUUUAUUGAAAAACAUAAAGUCCCUUUGUAUAGGUAUAGCAUCAAAAGAUCUUCUCAAGGGGAAAAAGAUAAGUGUAUCGAAUUGCAAAAAAUAAGGUGUUUUGCUUGUUAUUUUGUAUUGGUUAUUAUGCUUUAUAAAAUUAAAAUCCAAAGUGGAUGUUGAAAUUU